GGCGGAGGAGGAAAAGGCUGAGAGAGAGAGCCCAGCCCUUGAAUUCACGGCAACAACAAGCCGACAGAGCGAGAGGAGACGCGCACGGAGGCUGACUGCUCGUGUCUUUAUUUGUGGGGAGGGGAACCUUCGACGCUGCGGACAUGAACUGAAAAGACACCCUGGAAAACUGACUGUAAAGGUGGAAAAAUAGCCCUCCCCUCCCUUUUCCUCCUCUCUGUCUCUCCCCCUGACAGUACAGAUAGAGCUACACCCAAAGCUCCCCCCCGACCGACCCCCCUCUCCUGCUGCUCCACCCCUCCGCCGCGCCGCUCCGGCAACCGAGAUGCACACGGAGACCCGUAACAAAAAAUGCCAGUCGACUCCAAAGCAGAAGAAGAGUGCUGUCAGUGGCCGGAAGAAGCAGAGGAGCCCGGCCAGGCAGAGCGCCCCGGCCCGACCGCCCGCAGCCCUAAAAGAGGAGGAGAAGCCGGCGACUGGGCCUCGGCCGCCUCACAGGGUGAAGGAGGAACCGGGCGAGGAGACGCCGAAGGAGUCACCGUCUGUGAGGGUGAAGGAGGAGAAACGGGAAGAGGGCGAGGGAACCAUGCCCUCCGUACAGAUCAAAGCGGAGCCAGAGGAGAUGGAGUGCACGCAGGCAAAUGUAGGUGAUGACUGCUCACAGCCGACAGACCUGAAGAUUAAGUCAGAAUUCAAGACAGAGCCCUGUUCGCCUCACUCGAGCCCCGCUGAGGACCAGACCGAACCUGUCGACCUGUCACUUAACAAGCCUCGCUCCACUUCCACAACGAACACCACAGUCAACCCUGCACCCAGCAGUUCUGUGUCCCAGCCCAGCCUUUCUGCCACACCUGUCCCCUCCUCGGUACAAUCAAUAGGCUCCAUGGUUCUCUCUCCGGGCUCUAUCUUAGCCACACAGGGGGCCGGGGGCCAGCAGAUUCUCCAUGUGAUCCACACAAUUCCCUCGGUCAACAUGCCGAGCAAGGUGGGAGAACUGCAGACCAUCCCUGUGGUGGUGCAGUCAUUGCCUGUAGUCUACACCACCAUGCCUACUGAUGGCGUCGCCACAGCAGCCAUCACAGUGCCCCUCAUCGGCAGCGACGGUCGCUCAGAAGGAUCUGUUCGGAUCAAACCAGGUUCCACGUCUCCGGAGUAUCAGAGCGACAGCGAGGCAGAAGGCAGCCCCGACUCCGGACCGGCCUCCCUCAGCGCCCAGAGCAUCGAAGCAGGGUCGGGUAUGGACCUGGAGCCCGUCGAUCCCGACACGCUGGACCUGAAGAGGCGGCGGAUCCACAUGUGCGAUUAUGAAGGCUGUAAAAAAGUUUACACCAAGAGCUCCCACCUCAAAGCCCACAGGAGGAUACACACAGGAGAGAAGCCGUACCACUGCACGUGGGAGGGCUGCACCUGGCGCUUCGCCCGCUCCGACGAGCUCACCCGACACUUCCGCAAGCACACGGGAAUCAAACCUUUCCGCUGCACCGAGUGCGACCGCUCCUUCUCCCGAUCCGACCACCUCUCUCUGCAUCGCCGUCGCCACGUGAUGAUGUGAACGCUCCUUCGAACUCACCUUUGACCCCUCGGUUUGUCGGCGUGCCGGAGCCCCUCGCCUCACGCGAGCCUCUGCUGCUUCCUGGACAUUUUAUUUUUACUCCUGCUGGAUUUUAAGGCCGAUCUGCCGACGAAACGACGGACGCUCCCUCCUCCUCUCCUCGGUGAAGUCCCAGGAUUCACGGAACUGCGCAUUUGUGUUCAUGCAUGGAGGAAAUAAUAAACCGCAUCAGUGUGCUCCUCAAACCAGCACUCCGCACAACCCUGGACCCAGUUGUCACACGUCAGAGUCGUCCGUUCUGAAACGGGAUGGACUGAAAAGCAUUCGGCAGCAGGGACGUUCAUGAAUCCAUCCGAAGGAGAGGAGGAGCGUUUCAUUUCAAACCCUCACCCGGGCGUCACUUCAGCUGCUCUUCAGUUUUCCAACAUCGGGUCUGAUCAGAAACAAAGAAACUCCCUGAAAAUGCUUCCAGCAGCUAAAGGAACCUUUUCAGGAUCUGAAGACGUCUACGCCGAGUUCAAACCAAUUUUAUCGUCAAAAAAACAAAAAAAACAAAAACUACAUUAAUACGAAUAAAUGCUGUAAUUGAAGCUGAAAGCAGCCGAAGUGCAGCGCAGCCGCGAGGGCCUCCUCCUCCCCAUGAACUGAAAACACUACAGCCCUGCUGAUGUUUCUUUAUGGAAACCGUCUUUGAAAAUGUUCUUUUCACUUCUUUAUAGAAACGUUCAUUAAGUUGUCGGACCAAGUUCUGUAAGAGCUGCGCUGACGGAGGCUGGAGUCAGGAGGCGGUACCGGCAGGCUUCUGUUCGGUGCUGGUUGGGCUCAAACACCGACCGACCCGGCUCAUCAGUCCGUUUAUUUAUUUUCAGCAGCUGAAGUGACGUCGACCCCCCCACCCCCCGGUACAUGGAGCUACAAGACAGCAGACUUUCUAAAGACUACCUAGUUUUCGGCGCAUCAGUGACUCUGUUGCUCCGCCCCCUCGUGCACACCUUUCUGAUCCUUCUUUAAUAACAGUAUUUGCUUUGUAUGCUUAGUUGUUGGUGUUUUACAAAAAAAAAAAAA